UUAGAUAAUAAUAUCCUACAACAGCUGCCAUUCAGUUUACUCCAGACAGUCAUUCUGAUACAGAAGGGACUGUAAACAACUGAAACAGAGACAGAAGACCUAGAUUACAUAGCAUACCAUGAUGGAAACAACAUCCUCUUUGUUAAAGUCAGUGUCUUGGCGGGUGUGGUCACCCCCUCAACGUCCAUUCAGAGUGUGCUCCUGGAACAGAGAGGUCAAAAAAGGAGUCACUGCAGGAACAAUAGAGGAGCUUAAAGAGAAGGCAGCCCAAGCUCUCUUGAUAUCUACUGUGCUGACUUUGGUGUGUGAGGAGGAUGGGACAGAGGUAGACUCAGAUGAGUUUCUAAUGGCCCUGCUAGACAACACGGUUUUCAUGGGGCUGAAACCUGGAGAGAACUGGAGACCUCAUCAUUUAAAUCAAAGGAGUGGUCAUAAUAAACCAGGUGACCACAAGCCAAGAACAGGAAGAGACAUUGCUCAGGUCACUUUUGAUCUUUACCGGAACAGCCCCAAAGAUGUAUUCGGCUCACUGAAUUUGAAAGCCACAUUCCAAGGGCUCUACUCUGUCAGCGCUGAUUUUCAAUGUCUCGGACCCAAGAAAGUCCUGAGGGAGGCCCUCAGGGUCAUGUCCACUCUCCUCCAAGCUGCUGGACACAUGUUGAUUGCAUCUGCUAAUGUGAUUUGUCGUAUUGUCCAGGGGGCAGAUUUUCUUGAAGCUCAGCAUGGAAAACCUAUCAGUCACACUGCAUACUUGAAAUAACCUGAGAUGUCAUUUCAAAGGACAUGAAUUUGAGAUCACAUCGAUUGUAACUGAGGGAGAGAUGUUGAUCGGAGACUUUUGGGAUGUUUCCAAGACAGAUUUAUACUUGUGGUGUUCCAUUUGUAGUCUCUUAGUCUGUGGCGAAUUGCCAUUUGCUCUAGGAAAAUGCUUAUAUUUCUAAAACAACUGUAGCCAUUCAAGAAAGCCCUAAGUGACAAUACACUUACAAUUAUAACUACUGUAAAUUAUAAGGGUUUUGUUCAGGACUCCAACAGUUACCACAAACUGAUUCUGUGUAUUUGACUAAGUGUUAAUUUCACCUUUAGCAUUCUAUAUGUUUACAUAUGUUAUUUACUACUGUAUGGUAAUGUAAAUAGAUAAAUACAUGUUCAUAAUUGUGAAACGUUAUAGAACAAACACUUUAAAUUGCAUAUAAAUAUUUUUUUAAGAUCAAUUUAUUAAGUAAAACCAAAUUGGUACAAAAAGCUUUAGCACAAAAAGGACAGUCUCUCUAUUUAGCUCACUCAAUGCAUAGACUAAUAAACUUAUUUGAUACUACACGAUUUUAAUAAAAAAAAAAAAAGAAAGAAAAAAAAAGAUUGAGUAUUAUGACUGGAAUAAAAUCAAGCACAUAAAUUAGUAUUUUUAUGUUAGAACAUGAUUUCCAUUAAAGAGUUAUUUUAGAAACAAAGCUGUGUAGAGCACUGUGGAUUUAAAAGAUUGCAGUUAUGCUUAUAACCUUACAAACAACUGACCUUUGUAAAAGCAAACAUCUACAUAUCCAAGCUCGAAGUGCAACCUAAACAUUAAAAUGGCAACACACAUGCACUCACUCUGUUGAGUCACACUGAGGACCACGAUGAAUAUAACUCUGAUAAAACAAGCUACAAAAUAAAAUACAUUUUACAGUAAAUCA